AUGUCAGAAAAGAGAGGCUUUGGAUCAAAGUUGUCGUCCAUAUUUAACCAGGGCCCUGGUUCACCUAAUGAGAAAAAGUCACAAGCACAUACAACUCGAGGCAUAUCAUCGUCUCCGUCUCCUAAACCAAAGCCGCUUAGUAAACCCCACUUGAAUAAUAACAGCUCUAUUUCAGCUACAUUAAACCUGUCACUACAUCCCACUAAUCACGGUGCGCAUUCCUUACAUUCGAAAUCAUCUGCAAGCACAUUGCGAGGAAACGCACCUGUUGGUGCCCAACACUCCACGUUUACAGGGCAUCAAACACCCAACCAUCCAGAAAUAAACACCACGCAACCAACUCAUGAACUAUACACAGAAACGAAUAAUCACGUUACAAAAGAUCACCACAAUAGAGAAAAACUACUUGACAAUAGACAAAAUCUUCCACUGAUACACCGCGAAGAGGAAUUAAAACCAAGCUUACUUCCAUUACACUCACUUCGUCCUUCAAUAAGUGCUAAUUCUUCGAGUCCCAAGCCUCUGCCUUUAAGGCGAAAGCCACCAAGUGACUUAGACUCUUUUGAUUUUGCGGUUCAUGAUCAGAGAUCUGAAAGAACAAGCGGAAGUACUAGAUCUUUAUCCCAGACGCCAAAACUGGAUGAUAAAAUGGGAACUGGGAUAACAGCAGAUAUAAUAGGCGACUUGGAAUCCGAAAUUGACCAUUUUUUACAACUUGACAAAUCGGACAGCAGCAGUAUCAGAUACACGCCCAGCGAUAGCAGGUCGAUUGGCGAUAGUGUUUAUUUUGAUCGUGAGUAUGAUGAAUCACACCCUGAUUUUGUACAACAACUAAAUCUAAAUAGGUCAAAAGCUUAUGAUCAGCUUGGUGAAGCAGUGGAAGGUUCAGGUAUACAUAGCCAGCAAACUCCAUACCCAGUUGACUCCUUUUUAGGCUCACCUUCGGAUUCACCUCCUCGAACACCAGCAGAGUCUUUGGAGAACUCUCCCCAAAUAAUACAAAACUACAUGAUGGAUACUCGUGGUCUAGAGCAAGUUAAUCCCUUUGAGAUAACUUUGAACCAACAAAUUCCAGAACAACACGAUGUAUUUGACGCUCCUGCGUCAUCAAAGUCAUCUGUCUAUACAUCUGCAUCCCCAACUAGACAAAGGACGGAUUAUGAAGCCUCAACGAAUCCUUCUUCUUCAGAUACAAUGGCUGUAUCUACGGCUACACAGAGUGUCCGAUCUCCAAUUUCAAGGUCAUCGACGAACACAUCGAGAAUUCCUUCCUCUAGUCUUCCAUUUCCAUCACCCACCCACUCACUUCAUCAACAACCGCAAGCACUCAAUCGCGUGCAAGGAAUGCAGCCAGCUCAUCCAUCUCAGCCACGCCAACCUCCACAACCACCCUUGCAACAUACUUUAACCGAGAAUUCUGGAUUUUCCUUUUCUCAUGCUAAUUCAAUGAAAAGCUACAAUACACUGAAUACACAUCGUAAUUUUCAUCGAAAUUCAAGUUCUGUGGGAUCUAUAAAGAGCUCCAACUCUUACAAAAAUGUCAAUCUUGCCAGUUUAAAAAGAUCGCUAAGUUUGAAACCAGGAGAAGGUGAAAGAUCAAAUUACGUUUUAGCUAUACGAAGAAGUGCAGGGACUGCAUUCAAUGAGCUGGGCCCGUCCCGAUGGAAAUUACCUGUUGGAAUAUUACCAAUAGACAAACUGGCGACAAAGGAAAAUUCGAAUGGAAAGUACAAGCGACUUGCUGGUGGUCUUAGUGGAAAUAACUCUCGUAAAAAGACUAGUGGUGUUGAGUUGAAACAUGGCCAUUUGAAACCAAGGCUUUUGGCAGCUGAAAUUGAUGAAGGUGAUGAUGGUUUUGCUGGUAUUGGCCUUGCAAGAACCACGACAACAAACCCAUCGGUUGCUAAUACUUUCAGUUCUCGCAACCAAUCGGUCAGUACUAAGGCAUCACGUGAAAAUUCAUUGAAGAGGACUACUACCGAUGGAUCGGUGCUUACAGGAGAUACACAAAGUAUCGUGAGUAGUGCCACAGGAAGUACAAAGGGUAUUAACGAUGCAAGCCUCAAUAGAACAAAUUCGAUCGUGUCAAGUGAAUCGUCUGACAGUUUGUCGGACAAAAUUACUGGCUACUACCAACAUCGUGGAUACAAAUAUGGUGACAUUGAUGAAGAAUCGGAGGACAAGAGUGGUGCAGAGAGCCCUGGGACGCAAAAUAAUGGAUCCAGCCUUCAUGGAUUCAACAUUAAUGAUUCCUACGAAAAGCAGGAAAAGUAUGAUGAUUAUGAAGAACAAGAUCAUCCAAGAUUGGUUCUUGCCAAUCCUGAUAAUGAUAGCGAUACCGAAUGA